GCAUUUGGUUGGCUGGCGUAGUUUGUUAUGAGCUGUAUCCACUCUUAUCGGAGAGAGAGAGAGUGAAGAAGAAACAGAGAAAGAAAAGGAAAAGCCAAAAAAAUAAAAAUGAAAGAAAAAAUAAUAAUAAUAGGGAGAAAAGAGAGUCCAAACAUUCGAAGAUCGGAUCUAAACAAAUCGUAUUCUAUCUCCAAAGACUCCCUUCAAUUCCUCCAAAAAUGCUCUCUUUCAGUACUUUCCACUUCCCUUUCUCCAAGAAGAAGCAAACACGGUUGAAAUUAUAGGAUUUGGAUUUCUGUUUCUGGGUAAUUUCAAUUCACGAGAUUUGAGCUGCUUUUGCUUUUGGACGGAUCGUGAUCUGUAUGGAUAACGGAGGAGGAGCGGCGGUGUCGACGGGGAGCUCAGCUGGGAGUCGUAGGGUUGGGGAUGGGGUCUCUGAUCAGUUCCCGGCCGGUCUUCGGGUCCUGGUCGUUGAUGAUGAUCCGACAUGUCUCAGGAUCUUGGAGAAGAUGCUCCGGACUUGUCUUUAUGAAGUUACAACGUGUUCGCGGGCAGUUGAUGCAUUGUUUAUGCUUCGAGAGAGAAAAGGCGGAUUUGAUCUAGUUUUAAGCGACGUAUACAUGCCGGACAUGGACGGAUUUAAGCUCCUCGAGUACAUUGGUCUGGAGAUGGAUUUGCCUGUCAUCAUGAUGUCAGCAGAUGAUGGGAAGGAUGUCGUCAUGAAAGGUGUUACACAUGGUGCUUGUGAUUACCUUAUAAAGCCGGUCCGAAUGGAGGCAAUAAAGAACAUAUGGCAGCAUGUGGUUAGGAAGAGGAGGAAUGAGAUGAAGGAACUAGAACACUCAGGCAGUGUGGAAGAUAGUGACAGACAUAGGAAACCAUCAGACGAUGCCGAUUACGCAUCAUCAGCAAAUGAAGGGAAUUGGAGACAUCCAAAAAGAAGAAAGGAUGUGAAGGAUGAGGAUGAUGAAGGUGAAGAACGGGAGGAUUCUUCCACGCUGAAGAAACCACGGGUGGUGUGGUCAGUUGAGCUCCAUCAACAGUUUGUUGCUGCAGUGAAACAAUUAGGCAUUGAUAAGGCUGUCCCUAAGAAGAUCCUGGAGUUGAUGAGUGUUCCAGGGCUCACUAGAGAAAAUGUUGCCAGUCAUCUGCAGAAAUACCGCCUGUAUCUCAGAAGGCUUAGCGGAGUAUCACAGCAUCAGGGUGGAAUUAGUCCACCCUUUUUGGGUGCUUCAGAAGCAGCGUUCGGGUCAAACAAUUCCCUUGAUGGGCUUGAUCUCCAAGCUCUCGCUGCCUCAGGUCAACUUUCCCCGCACAAUCUGGUGGCACUACAGGCAGGACUUGGGAGAACAGCUGUAAAUGCCAGCAUGGGCAUGCCCCUUGUCGAUCAAAUGAGCUUUUUUAAUUCUGAAAUGCAGACUGCAAACUCUUCAAAAAUAAGGUAUGGACCUGGACAACAACUGAGCAAUAAACAAGCAAAUGUACUUCACGGACUCCCAACUACCAUGGAGCAAAAGCCGAUGGCACAUUUGCAUCUGCCCAUCCAGUCAUUUGGAAACAUUGGUCUCCAAGCCAAUGAGAAGUCCUCAGGUUUCCUAGGGUUACCAACUUCUCAAGUAAGAGCAGGUUCGUCAUCUCAUCCAGAGACCAUUCAUGGCCACCCAGGCAGUUCUUUAUUGAUGCAGACUCAACAAAGACCCCAAGUUCCAAUCUCUCAGAACCAUAGCCAAAUGCAUGUGGGUAUGUCACAGCAGCCACGAUUGAAUGGGCAGUUGGUGAAUGAGAUUGCAGGUGGGCAUGCUUCUGGGCUUCCAUCAUCUGUCGGGCAGCAAAUUCUUUCCAAUGAGACUGUAGGUAGGGUCUUGGUAAGAAAUGGAAGUGUCUUGAAUGGUAGAGGCUCGUCGUCAUAUGCUGCAGUUUCCCAAGCUUCAUGCAUUGAUUUUCCCAUCAGCAAUGGAAUGGAAUUGCCUGGAAAUGGUUUUCCACUUUUGAGUACAGCAGGCUUAUCUAGUUUCACAUCAACGGGGGUGUUUCAAGAAUCUGUUCCAGCAACAGGAAACUUGGAAGGAUUGGAUACAACUACCAACCUGAAAAGAUCGAGGAGCCUUGUUCCGAGUUAUGAUCUCUUUAAUGAAUUUCACCAGAGCAAAAGCCAAGACUGGGAACUGCAGAAUAUGGGUCAUGCUUAUGAAGGGACCCAACACAUGGGCUCAUUACAAGGCAAUCCUGAUUUCAGUCCAUCAGUUUUGGGUCGUCAAGGUUUUGUAUCUACCCAGAAAAAUGAGCAGAAUAAUAACAUGGGCAUUGGCUGCAAAGAGAUGGUCUCGCUUAGAGGAGAUGAUGACCGCAGGAACUUGGGGACCAUGGCUCAAUCCCAUAACAAUAUUCUGGUUGACAAUUCUUUCAAAAUAAAGGCUGAGAAUGUGAUAGUGACUGAACACUUUGCUCAAGAUGAUAUCAUGGAUGCACUUUUCAAACAGCAAGGAGGGGUCGGUGCCAUCGACACAGAGUUUAACUUCAAUGGAUAUUCCAUGGAUAACAUUCCAGAUUAGGAAUUUACCUUAUUCUCUCCAUGAUGUCCAAUAUGCAUGGUUCCUCGCAGAGGUGGAUUUUUACUCUCUUCUUGCAAUGGAUAAGGAGAUUCCAAGUUCACAAUUCAUAUCCCACAGACAGUCCCUUAUGCUUUAUCUUUCAUUGGUUCAGUCAAGAGUGAUGGCUGAGGAGAGGCAUCAUUUUGUUAAUGAAUAAGAGCUCCUUCAUUGCAAUGGGAUCCGUCUGGAUAGAUUAGGAGAAAAUCAUGUAUGACAGCCGCAUGCUAUGCGAAGGCGUAUAUGCGGAGUUUUGGCCGCUUCUAGUUCAGACGGCUAACAAGAAGGAAUCUAAUUCAAGAAUGCAGGUGUUGAAGAUUUGCGAUUGAUGAGUAGCUUAGAGAUGUGGAGAUAGGAUUCAGAGGCCUCUUAUCUACCAACAUCAAGAGGUCUGUCUAACUUCAAUAACACAUCUAGCGACUCUUUAAAUAGACUCGCUUUGUACAGAUUUCAUUUGACUGGUCACGACAUAAAUGAUGGUUCCCCUUCUGGUUCAUUUGCAUGUAAUUAGAGUUCCGAAGGGGUUCUCGUUGCUUGUUCUGUAGGUUUUGCUAACAACUCCUGGAUGGUAUUCUGUUUUCUAGGGAGUGGAGAUUGUUAGAUUAGGCCUUUUCUUCUUUUGGUGCUCCGUUGAAUUAUUUGUGAACUAUGAUUUCUAUCAUUUAAUGUAAUUAUGUAGAUGUUUGGUUGUGAA